AACAUAGCUUUUCCUCAGAUCGGAGUUUUUCGUUCUUGCUAAUUUCAAUUUGUAAUCUAUCUAUCGUCUGUUACACGUUUAAAUAUGAUAAAUAGCUACCGUUUCAGAGUAAAUAGCAUUGUAAUAAGAAUAGUGCGGAACUCCAACUCAAAAAUACCUGCAAGUCCUGAAAAAACUUAUGAGGUUAAUCAAGAUCAAAAAGUUGUUGUAGAUAAACAAACUAUAUCUUUGCUAGAGAGGCUUUCUUUAGUAAAGUGUGAUACAGUUGAAGGUGUUAAAGUUUUGGAAGACUCAAUAGCUUUUGCCAAUAAAAUCCUUCAUAUCAAUACUGAUCAUGUCCAACCUCUAUAUUCUGUACUAGAAAAAGAGAAUUUGUACCUCCGACCAGAUCUUGUUACUCAAGGAAAUUGUCAAAAAGACAUUCUCAAGAAUGCAUCGCUAAAAGAAGAUGACUAUUUUGUGGCUCCCCCAGGAAACAUACCCUGGCACGAAUUGGAAAAAGAAGAGAUAGAACCAAAAGUUUCUGGCAAAAAUGAAAACUGA